AUGGAGCAGCUCGCGCAAAAGGUCGGCGGCAUGAGCCUCGACGCCAUGACCGAUAAAUACCCCAACUGCCACCCGGACCUCAAUCCAUUCGAUUUCUACCGCGCCCACCUCUCCAACCUUCUUUCUGACAUCACCGGCGUCGACACAAAGAUCAUCUACCCCGCCCUGUCAUGGACGCAGAGUCUCGACAAGGGCGACUUGAUUCUGCCUGCGCCCGCACUCCGGGUUAAGGGCCAGAAGCCCGAUGACCUCGCCAAGCAGUGGGCCGAGAAGUUUCCGGAAAACGACCUCCUCUUCGAGAAGCCGACCGUUGUCAACUACUUCAUGGCCUUCUACGUCAAGGGCGCCCCGGUCGUCGAGACAGUCAUCCCCCUGAUCCAAAAGCACGGCAAAGACUUUGGCAGCAACAAGUUAAACGGCUUGAGGGACCCCACGGAUCCCAGUAAGGGCCGCAAGCGCAUAAUUGUCGAAUUCAGCUCCCCCAAUAUUGCCAAGCCCUUCCACGCCGGCCACCUGCGCAGCACGAUAAUUGGCGGUUUCAUCGCGAACCUCCACGAAUUCGCCGGAUGGGACGUUAUCAGGAUAAACUACCUCGGCGACUGGGGUAAGCAGUACGGCCUGCUCGCUCUGGCCUUUGAGAAGUACGGCGACGAGGAGGCGCUCAACAAGGACCCCAUCAACCACCUGUUCCAGCUCUACGUCCGCAUCAACGCGGAAAUGACGGCCGAGAAGGAGCAGAUCGAGAAGCGGAAGCAGGAUGGCGAGGACGUCACCGAGCUCGAGGCCGACAGCCUGGACGAGCAGGCUCGCCGCUAUUUCAAGAAGAUGACAGACAGGGACCCCGAGGCGCUAGCCCAGUGGAAGCGCUUCCGCGACCUCAGCAUCAAGCGUUACCAGGCGACGUAUGCCCGCCUCAACAUCAGGUUCGACGAAUACAGCGGCGAGAGCCAAGUGUCCGAGGAGGCUAUGGAGAAGGUCGGCAGGGAGAUGCUGGAGAAGGGCAUCAGUAAGGAGGACAAGGGCGCCUUGAUUGUCGACUUCCAAGAGCUCGUGCCGGGAAAGGAGGGCAAGCGCCUUGAGAAGCCCAUCGUCAGGAAACGUGACGGCACCGCCCUGUACCUGACCCGCGACAUCAGCGAGCUGCUCGCACGCCACGAGAAGUACCAGUUCGACCAGAUGAUCUACGUCGUGGCGUCGGCGCAGGACUUGCAUUUGAGGCAGCUGUUCAAGAUCAUUGAGCUGCUGGGACAUAAGGACAUCGCCGUCAAGUGCCAGCACAUCAACUUUGGCCUCGUCCUGGGCAUGAGCACCCGCAAGGGCACCGUCAAGUUCCUUGACGACAUCCUGCGCGACGUGGCCGACAAGAUGCACGAGACGAUGAAGAAGAACGAGGACAAGUACAACCAGGUGGAGAAUCCAGAGGCGACGGCCGAUACGCUCGGCAUCAGCAGCGUCAUGGUGCAGGACAUGACGGGCAAGAGGAUCAACAACUACACCUUCAACAUGGAUGCCAUGACCUCGUUCGAGGGCGACACGGGCCCGUACCUCCAGUACGCGCACGCCCGCGUGUCAUCAAUCCGCCGCCGUGCGAACCUCAGCGACGAAGACCUCGCCAGCGCGGACCUCUCAUUGCUCACCGAGGCGCACGCCGUCAACAUUGUCCGUUUGCUCGCGCAGUGGCCCGACACGGUGCAGACCACGCUCAGGACGCUGGAGCCGACGACGGUGCUGACGUACCUGUUCAAGAUGACGCACGCCCUGAGCAGCAGCUACGACCACCUGCAGGUCGUCGGGAGCGAGCGGGAGCUGAUGAAGGCGCGCAUGGCGCUGUAUGAUGCGGCGCACACGGUGCUGGGUACUGGGAUGAGGCUGUUGGGGUUGAGUCCCGUUGAGCGGUGA